AUGGUGGUGUUAUUUAGUAUUUUAUGGGUGUCUGUAUUACUUACAGCAACUACUGGUGUUAGUUUAUUGCCUGAUCCAUCAACCAUAGUCUAUGAAGGUCAAGCUCGAUUUACUGUUUUAUCAACACGUCUUAUUCGUCUUGAAUGGUCAGCAACAAAAGAAUUUAUUGAUGGUAAAACAUGGCUUGUUCAAUCGCGUGAUAUUCAACCGACUCCACCUGCAUUCAAUGUCACACGAAAUGAUACUCAUCUAAAAAUUGAAACAACAUAUAUUACAUUAGAAUAUCUACGAAAUGCUGCAACAACAUUUAGUCAACAUAAUAUUCGUGUUACUAUUCGAGUCAAUAUUGCUAAAGGAGAGACAGUUAUUUGGAAUGCUAUACCUAAUGAAGAAUAUGAUGGUAAUCUUCUUGGUACAAUACGAACAUUAGAUGGAGAUGCAGAUUCAAAAUUAGCAUUAGACUGUCGAAAUCAACCUCGUAAUGAUCUUCAUUGUACUUAUGGUGUUAUAUCACGUCGAGGUUAUGCUCUCGUUGAUGAUACACAUCAACCUCAAAUAGAUAAUGACCCAAAAUGGCCAUGGAUUAUCAAUAAACAAUAUUCACCACCAGCUUCAUCUCUUUGUCAAGCCGUAUCAGUUAAUGAACGUCGAACUUGUGGUCCAUCAAACAAAACUAAUCAACAUGAUUGUGAACUUCGUGGAUGUUGCUUUCAAAGUCCAUCAUCCUGUUUUUAUUCAUCACAAGCACAACAAGAUUUAUAUUUAUUUGGUCAUGGACGAGCUUAUUCUCAAGCUUUAUAUGAAUUUACACGUCUUGGUGGAUCAAUUCCACUUCCACCUCGUUAUAUAUUUGGAGUUUUUUUUAGUCGUUAUUGGGCUUAUGCUGAAUAUGAAGAAAGACAAAUUGUUACAGAAUAUAUUCAACAUGAUGUUCCAUUAGAUGUACUUGUUACUGAUAUGGAUUGGCAUAUUACAUUUUAUAAACAAGAUUCAGAAGGUAAAAAAGAUCAAGCUGGACAAGAUAUUGGAUGGUCAGGAUUUACAUUUGAUGAGCAUUUAUAUCCAAGUCAUCAAAAAUUUCUUCAAUGGUGUAAACAAUUAGGUUUGAAAAAUACCUUAAACGUUCAUCCUGCAUCAGGUAUUCAACCAUGGGAAGAGAAAUAUAAAGAAAUGGCUGUAGCUAUGGGUAUUGAUCCUUCAACAAGUCAUUAUGUACCAUUUAAUAUUACUGAUAAACAUUUUACUUCAGCAUGGACUAGUAUUGUUCUAAAUGCACUUCAAGAUGCUGGUAUUGAUCUAUGGUGGUUAGAUUGGCAACAAGGUGAAGAAGGUUGGAUGAAUGAUAUACCUUAUACAAAUCCAACAUUUUGGCUUAAUCAUGUUUUUUUUACUGAUCCAUAUUUUAAGGAAAACCGUCCAGCGCUUCUACAUCGAUGGGGUGGUCUUGGUAAUCAUCGUUAUCAAGUUGGUUUUUCUGGUGACGUUAUCCCAUCAUGGGAUACACUUUCAUAUCAACCACAUUUUACAGCAACAGCAGCUAAUGUUGGUUAUGGAUUUUGGAGUCAUGAUCUUGGUGGACAUACUCGAGAGCCAGAUCCAGAAUUAUAUACUCGAUGGCUUCAAUGGGGUGCAUUUUCACCUAUGUUUCGAACACAUUGUACAAAAGAUGCAAAUAAUGAUCGACGACUUUGGACAUAUCCUUGGACUUAUCAAAAUAAUUUAGCUCGAUUUACUCGACUUCGUCAAGCACUUAUACCAUAUCUUUAUACAGCUGCAAGACGUACAUAUGAUUCAGGUCUAUCUGUUGUUCUUCCUGUUUAUUAUUAUUAUCCAGAAAAUGAUGAAGCUUAUUCAUAUUCAAAUCAAUAUUUCUUUGGUUCAAAUAUUCUUGUUUCACCUAUUAGUCAACCAGUGAAUCAAAGUACUGGUCUUGUUGAAAAUUGGCCUAUGUGGUUUCCACCUGAUUUUCAAUGGGUUAAUUUCUUUACUGGUGAUCUUCCUUCUUCUUCUUCAACAAAGCAAUCUUUUACAAUUGAUGAAAUGCCAGUCUAUGCUCAAAUUGGUUCGAUCAUUCCACUUUUACCUGAACCACGAUCAAGUCGCGAGCGAAUUGGUCGUGCUCAACAAAUACCAGAAACACUUCUUUUAUAUACACUUAUUGGUGGAUCACCAAAAGGAAGAGGACAUGUUUAUGAUGAUGAUGGAACAACAAUAGCAUAUAAAGACUCUACUAAUAUAACAACUGCUGUAACUCGUUUUGAUUAUACAGUUUCAGGCAAUACAUUACAAUUUAAUAUAGCUGCAGCAAUUGGUUCAUUUCCAAAAUUCCCUUCAUCACGAUCAUAUGAAAUUCAACUUCGAGGUGUAUUUCCUGCAACAAGUGUUUCGAUCAAUAAUACUUUUCUUCCUUUUGAACCAUUUAAUGAAUUAAUCAAUGGUCAAGAUGGAACAACAAAUGGUUAUACCUAUGAUGGAUCAACACUUUCAAUUAUUAUCUAUAUUCGACAACCUGUAUCAACAUCACAAACACUUCAAAUUCAAGUUCAACUAUCAGAUAGUAUAUCACAUCCAUAUCUUGUUCAAGUUCCAACAUCUUUUGUUGGUCUUCUUGCUCGAUGUCAAUCAGCUAAAGCACGACUUGAUUAUGAAUGGGGUAUUAAAACAGUUUAUAUGGAUGAUUAUCCAUUAUUAUUAGAUGCAGCUGCAACUGGUCUUCGUAUAACACAUUCACCUUCCACUGCAAAAGAUGAAUUAAAUCAAUUUUUUAGCGAACGUAUGACAGGUGCAUGUGAUGAAAUAGCAAAUAAGAUUUCAAAUCUUGAUUCAAAUGUUCGAACAAUAUUAUUAGCACAAUUACAAUGCAAUUCAUUUAUUUACAAAUAA